AUGGCUUCUCUAGCACUGUCACCACCCAAGUGGCAGCUCGUUGCCUGGCAAAAAAAGGAUGAGCAGUAUGCGCGCAUACCGUCUGACUGGCGAAUACCUCAGGAUCGACUUCCUACGCCUGAAGUGACGAACUACUUGGGCAUACCAAGGGAGUGUGGUGUGCUAAGUGAAGAAGAAUUGAGGUUGACGGAAAGUUAUGAUGCGACCGCAUUGGCAGAGGCGAUCAGAGAACGAAAAGUGAAGAGUGUGGAUGUAGUGCGGGCGUUCUGCAAGAGGGCUGCUAUAGCACAACAGCUUACCAACUGCUUGACCGAGAUAUUGUUUGAAGAUGCAUUGCAAAGAGCGAAAGAGUUAGACGACCAUCUGGAGUCAGGGAAACGACCCUUGGGACCACUUCAUGGUGUGCCAAUCUCGUUAAAAGAUACGUUCAAGGUCAAAGGAUAUGAUGCUUCCAUCGGCGUUGCUGCUUUGUGUUUCAAACCGUCAACAGAGAAUGCCCCUCUGGUCGACAUCCUGCUUAAUGCCGGCGCUGUGCUAUACUGCAAGACAAAUGUUCCGCAGACACUGGCAGCGUUGGAUUCGCAUAAUAACAUCUUCGGGCGCACACUCAAUCCGUUGAAUACAGCUGUGACGGCAGGCGGCAGCUCCGGCGGCGAGGCAGCGCUUUUAGGAUUAAGAGGCUCUGUCUUGGGCAUAGGCACAGAUGUUGGCGGCUCGAUACGUGUCCCAGCCAUGUGCGAAGGUCUCUAUGGCGCGAAGCCGAGUAAUGGACGUGUUCCGUAUGCGGGCCAGGAAGGAGGAAGCAAGCCUGCGGUAGCGAAGUUGGGGGUCGCUGCAAGUGCAGGACCGAUGGGACACACUAUGCGCGAUAUCGAGCUAUUCUUCCAAGCGGUGUCAGAACAGAAGCCAUGGGAACUGGAUCCAGAUGUCAUACCUGGACCUUGGGGUUCCCUCUCUUCGGUAGCCGGGGAAAAGCUACGCAUCGGCGUCGUAAGACGAGACGGCGUAGUGGAGCCGCAUCCGCCGAUUCUAAGGCUGCUGAACGAGGUGGCGGGCAAAUUGCGAAAAUCGGGCAUCGAAGUUAUAGAAAUCGACAUCACGCCCAUCUUCUCGAAGUGCCAGUCGCUCGUCAACGCUCUUAUGGGCGUGGAAGGUGGAAACGCAAUGUUAGAUCUCCUUGAGUCACACAAUGAGCCGCUCUCGCCGUGGAUGAAACCUCGCAUGCGCCGCAAGGAACCUUUGGCAUUCGAAAAGCUUCGCGAACUUCAUGCGCGGAGGGUGCAAUUGCAGACAAAAGCUCUUCAGAUCUGGAAGCAGGUCGAUGCUUUCAUCUGCCCCGUGGCGCCCCACCCUGUGCCGGAGAUCGACAAGUAUAAUGCUGCGAGCUACACAAGUUCCUUUGUGCUCUUAGACUAUCCAGCGGGUACCGUUCCAGUUCGACUAUUCGAGGAGAAGGAUAUGGAUGGCGAGAUACCGAGAACGAAAGCGCUGGGAAGCUGGGAUCAGCGGAACCGAGAAUUAUGGACGGAAGUUGAUCGAUCGGUGUACAUUGGUACGCCUUUGUGCGUGCAAGUCGUCACGCCGAGAUUAGAAGACAGACGAUUGGUUGAUGCCAUGGUGGUGAUUGACAAUGCCCUGAAGGCAGGCGAAGCGACUCUGUCUUCGAAGUUAUAG